AUGAUCUCGAACGAGUAUUAUCGUUCCGGAGCAAGUUGGGAGUACGUUUCGCAGUCCCUGGAACCCGGACUCAAAGAGUUCACGUCGUUGAGCCAUCCGUGGGGUGGAGCUCCUACAUAUGUUUUGACCAACUACGUUGCAGGUAUUCGUCCUCUGGUGUUCGGGUUCCGCCACUGGAUAGUGAACCCAAUGGUAACAGGGCUGAACAUCACGAGCGCUAAUGCAACUGUAAGCACCCCGUACGGCGCACUGACGGCCGGAGCUGAGGGUGUGUUCGAGGUGGCGCUUCUCAACUCGAGCACUUUCCAGCAAAAAUUGGCCGGAACAGGAGAACCGAUCGUGUUCAGCGUUCAGCUUUAG